AAGUGUCUAUGGUUACACCUCUUUCAAUUAUUAUGUAAUGUGGUCAAGUUGUUUGCAAACAGAAGCUUGUAUCAUAAGUCAGGCAAAAGCAACUCAGUUGACAGUUAAUCUGACCCCUAGUACACUAUACAGAAUGGAAGAAGAAUACAUUGAGAACAACAACUUCACUCUAAGUGAGGACAUCAAUGGACCACUGUUAGCUGCUGUGAUUGGAGUAGAGAUGGUAGCCGGACUCAUUGCUAACAUUUUUGUACUUACCCUGAGCUGUUUUCAUUGCGAAACUUACAAGAAGCCAUCAACCAUAUUCCUCACCAACAUGCUUGUUGCCAAUCUCAUCAUUAUUGUAGUGGUGAUGCCAUUCUCCAUUGCAACUUGUGUGAGUGGUGAGUGGAUAUUUGGAAGCACAGUCUCAUCAAAACUAGCUUCCUGUGAAGCUAUGGGUACUCUAUUUGGAUGGAGUACUCUCAUUGCAACAGAAAGCCUAGUCCUGCUUUCUUUUGAUCGCUUCUUCUUCAUUGUGAAAGCUGGGAAAUAUAAUGAGCACAUGACUGUCAAGAAAGCACUCAUCAUAGUUGCUGCAUCCUGGAUACUGGCUGCCAUAUUGGUCAGCCCACCUCAGUAUGGAUUUGGGGGUUUUGUUUUUGCCAACAGUUAUGGUCUUUGUGGCCCUAACUUUAGGAGUGUUGGGUUUUCAGUCUAUGGUUUUUUCAUCAUUGGAAGUCUCAUCAUCAGCAUAGUCGUUACAUCACUCUGGACUUAUUGCUAUACAAAAAAAUUCAUCAAAGAAAUGAAUUCAAGAAUGUUAAGAGAGAGCGUAUAUUUUUCUCAGCAUACAAAACUUGUCGGUAUCUUUGGGACUCUCAUCAUCGUUCACAUUUUUUGCUAUUCUCUGUUUCUUUCUGUUAGUGUCGUUCGACCAUUUGUGGCCAUACCUCGUCAACUCUGGGCCACUACACUUGUCUUCCUACUAUUAAUAACUAUUCUCAGCCCACUAGUUCAGUCCUACUUCAGAAGUGAAACGAGGAACUUCAUACAAAAUCUCCUUCUAAAGAUCAGACUAUCAAAAUCACAUCCCACACUUCCAACUAGAAUGACAGUUACUUCUCUAAUCAAAUUAAAAGCUCCUUCCCAAACACUAAGCGAAUAAACAUUGCAUGAUUUUUGUUACUGAUUCCUAGUUAGUUCUAUUAUACCGUGUAGUCUGCAUAACUUACCAUAAUUUGUGUGUUAGUUUUUAAAUCACAACAACAUAUGCCACUAAAA